AAAAAUUUUAGCAUUACGGAAAAAUGGAGAGGCGUUAACAAAGAAACGAAAUUUCGGAAAUUAUUAUUUUCAAACUAUUCAACCGGUAAAAACAUGAAGUACGUGUCGUUAGUGUAGUUAUUCGAUAGAAGAUGAGAUUUAAUAUAAAAUGAGAAAUGAUCCGUUAGUAUGAUAGAAAGCGUGGAAUAGAAAUAUUUUGAUUGAAAUAUUAAUUUGCUAAUAGAGAUUGUAUAAAACGGUGAAAUUAUUGAACUAGAAGAACAAGAAAUUUGUACAACGUAUAGUAAAAAUAUAUACGUAGAUAAAUAAUGCAUAAGUAUAGAUAGAAGAGUUUUAGAGUGAGGCUCAGGGAGUUGAACGUUCGUAAGAGUUUUCACAGGAAAGGCAAGAGGUGCGCUAGUGUUCCACUAAGCUACCCCCAGCCUUACUACCCCCACCCUUUCGUUCCAGCUCCCCUAGCUAGUGCAAAUCUCGGCGGAUGAAUGUUUUCUUAAGGGAUUCUUCCCGAAAGCGACGCGAAAAUCUGAAAGGAGUCGAUCGAGCUGGAAAUUCGAAAAUUGCUCUAAAGCUGCAGAAUAAUGGAAGGCGGUAGCAAUUUACAUAACCCGGGUAAUUAUCCCGGUGGGGACCGCCAACAAUUUUGUGUUUCAUGGAACUCUCAUCAGUCAAACAUGCACAGUGCAUUUCCAAAACUUUUAAGUUCUGAACAAUUUGUCGAUGUCACUUUAGCCUGCGACGGAGGCUCUAUAAAAUGUCACAAAGUGGUAUUGUCCGCUUGUAGUGAUUAUUUGGAACGUUUGCUAUUGGAAAUACCAUGCACUCAUCCUAUUAUAUUUUUGAGAGAUAUGAGAAUGUGGGAACUUCAAGCUUUAGUGGAGUUUAUGUAUCGUGGUGAAGUAUAUGUGGAGCAACAGCAGCUAGGUAAAUUAAUGCAAGCUGCUGAAGUUUUACAGGUUCGUGGUUUAUCCACUCAAGGGAAUGAUAAUUCUUCGAGUGAAAGUAGUUCUCAACAAUGUGACUCUAACGCCGCUGUUGCACCAUCUACGGCUGCACAGCAGGAUGGAUCUGAUUAUAAAGGCGAGGAAACUCCAUCUGAUGACGGAACUUCGAGUGCUACUUUUUUAGAGGCUACGUCAAUUGCUGCAACUAGUACAGCAAGCGCUCCAUCACACAGUACUACACCAGUUCCGCAGAAUCCGAAUUCAUCAAAUUUUAUGAAUAUGGAACAUAGCGAGGCGUUACAGCAUUUGGAAAAAGCCCUUAGCGCUUGUGAAGCGACAUUAACUGAGACACCGGGAAUGGUUAAAAUGGAGCCGGAUGAGCAGUUUACCCAACAGCAUGAUGUCAAACCAUACUCUAUUAGUAUGGUACCAAGCAGUAAUUGUAAUCCUAGUAGUCCGUUUCCUGCGAUCGAAGGCUAUCAGAGACGACAAAGACGUUCGGAAGAAGAAUUGAAGCAAGCUUCGGACAUGGUAGCACGUGGUAUGACAUUUCAAGUUGCUUCGGAAAAGUACAAAAUUCCGAUAACAUUCGGAUAAAGCCAUAUUUUUCCAUGCAAUGCAAUAAUCCAGCAAAGUAAAUUACCGUAAAUGUGAAACAGCCUAAAUAGAAGAGUGCCAGAUAUGAGAAAAAAGAAAAAAAGAAGGAAAAGAAAAGAAAAUAUUAUGACGAUAAUGAUGAUGAUGGUGAUGAUGAUGAUGAUGAUGAUAAUGAUAAUGAUAACAGUAAUGAUGGUAUUGACGAUAAUAAUUGAUGUUAAUUAUGAUGGCGAUGAUGAUGAUUAUGAUGAUAACGACGACGACGACGACCAUGAUGACGAUAGUGAUGUUAAUGAUGGCGACAAUGAUGAUGCUGCUGCUGAUGAUAAACAGAAAGAAAAAGAAAGAGGGGGAAAACAAGAAAAGUAUUCAGAGUAAAACGCUAUACAAUUUCCUAUCAUUCAGAACGUAUCUGCCUUUUAUUCUGGCCUCGUGAUAAAUCCUGACUUUAUUUAUACUUGACAAUAUACGGAAUACCGUGUAAAAAAAAACAACUAAAAAUUAGGUUAGGAAACUUUGUGAACAUUUGGUUACUCGCGAUACAUGUUAAAAACCUGAUAUUCAAUCUCGUUCGCGUAAAAUCGAGUUGGAAACGAAUUGGAAAAAUCUGUUAUAUGAGGGAAAUUCUUUUUCGCUCCUCUCCUUCCAUCUUUCCCUCCCUUACCCUCACUCUUUUUCAACCUCUUUAAUUUUGUAUUAUAGCUGGAUAGAAUCUUUCGAACUGCACAAAGGAAGGAAGGGAGGAAGAGAGAGAGAGAGAGAGAGAGAGAAAGAAAGAGAGGAGGGAGAAACGUUUGUGACAUUCUAUAAUUUUUAUGUUUUGUCUAUCCUUUUUCCUGCUCUUCUUUUUAAAAAUGGAUCCGGUUUCGUUUCCUUCUCUUAAGCCUAAUGAUUUAUAUUUCGUUUCAUAUUGUUUGAUGUUGUUGACAUUCAAUUCGAUCCAAGAUCUUCGUCGAAGAAGAACAAAGGAAGGGUUAAAUAAAGGGUACAGCGUAUGUGCGAGUGUUGUACGGUUAAAAUCGGAUGUUGGAUUAACGAAGAGUAGCGGAGAGUAGUUUUUUAUUAAGAUACAUAGUAUCGUCGCUUGAGGUUUCGUAUCGCGCGAAUCAUCGUUCAAAGAGUUCCAGUUGACAAAGGUUUUAUACAGAUCUAUUAAAAACCAGUAUUUCAAACCAAUGAAGAAUAAUUAGUUUUCUAAUAAUAACGAUACAUUUUACGUAAAUUUAGUACAGUGCUUAAGUCAGUAAUGCUCAGCGUAUCUAACAAAUAUUUUUAGUGGAAAGCCGUGUCAUACUCACGUGUAUUAUAAUGCCCUUAAACUAUAUAACUAAACAACAAUCAAAGAAGCGUGAACGAUACUUGAUGACUAUUAUUAUUAUUAUUAUUACUACUACUACGAUUAUUAUUAAUUAUUAUUAUUAUUAUUACUACUACUACUAUUACUACUACUACUACUACUACUACUACAACUAUUACUACUACUACUACUACUACUACUACUACUACUACUACUCUUAUUAUUAUUAUAGUCAUUUCCUUAGCAGUACGUAGAUCGUAGCCAUUUCGAGGCAGUUUACGUUAUAUUUAAUUAGGUUAUCGCUUCGGAAUACAUUUUUAUGGCGGUAUUAUUAUUUGUAGAUAGAAUUUGCGAUUAUAUUUCGUACGAUAAUCAAUCGAUUGCUAUAUUAAGAUUUUAUUUUACAGUUACCGAGAUCAAUGUCCUGCGAAUAGCGGAGAAUGCGAUCGAUCGGUCUUUGCAUUGGUUUUAUUACACACCCAUUGUUUCUUCUCUUUUAUCACAUUUUGCUUGAUCCAUAUUUACAUAAAUACAUAUACUUAUAUACAUAUAUUUUGUAUUAUAUCUUCCAUUAAAAUGCUAAAGUAUUGAACUUUUACCGUGAGAAACAUGUUUUCCGAGAUAUGGUAUUAUACGAGGAAAAGAAUAAACUGGGUGAGUGAAGCAAAGAAUGAGUGAGAAAGAAGAGAAGACAAAGAGUUAGGGAGAGGUGGCGAUGAUGGAAAAUUGCACUUUCCGAACUCCGCUUGAACGACGAGUACUUUAUUAGAAGAUUUGUCCAUUUGGUAAAACUCUCGGUCGAUCUUCCCGUCCCGAAGUAUAACAGACCGAUCGAUCGAUUCCUUGCUCGAAUUACAAUCGUGAAGAACGUUCUAUAGAUAUUUUUCGAAGAAAACACAAGCCUAUAAAAAGUCCAAUUUUCUAAACGUAGGUUCCUUAAGAAUAACAAAUUUAGUGUAACCGUUAAGAAAGUGUAGCGUGUAUACGUAUUAAACGUAACGUAACGUCGCGUCGUAUCGAGCGAGGUCCGUCUUGGAACGUUUAUCGUUCGGAAGGAAAUGAUAUGCGAUCGGGCGAUAAUUUGUUCCUGAUGAAAAGACGGGAUCGUCCGAUGUGACACGUGUUUUCGGGAGGCACGCACGCGCGUUUGGAACGCGAGUACGCGUCGCAAAUAGACGGAUAAAUUAGCGAUUAGCGGCAAAUAUAGAUACAUGAUAUGGAAAUGUCGCGCAAAGCCCUGCGCUAUUAAGUUGGACCGCGUUCUCGCGAAAGUGUGUGUUGCACUCGUCGCUCCGAGUCUUAUCGUGAAAAAUUGAAAUAUAAAAGAUUACCAAGGAGAAUAAAAAGUAAAAGGAGAAGUAUAGAGGGUGUGGGAGAAGGAGAAAGUAUCGAAUUGUAUUUCUUUUUCUUCCUUGUUUCUAAAAUUUCUGUCGUGGCCCUUAAAGGAUACAAAACUGCAUGGAAUGGCGUGUAUGACAAGGCAGAGAGAUGGUAAAAGGGCAACGACGGCAUCGUUCGCACGAUUACCGAACUGAUUUCGACAGAGGAAACUUCCGAUAAAUCGCCUCUCCAGCAUAACGAUCGAUAUCGUAGCUCAUACAAAUAUCUAUUAUUCGAUAAUAAGAACAUUAAAAUCGCAGCAACGAUAACGAAUUUGAAGUUUCCUCGAAUCGCAACACAUAGGCACUUCUGUACAGAAUUUUUCGUAGGUUGCGAAGAUUUCCAUUGAAAACUCUGCACUUGUCGGCUUCGUGAAAUUAAAGUAUUGUUGUUUGAUUUACGCAUAAGCUGUACGUUAAGGACAAAAAAAAAUUGCUUAUAAUUUAGGGUCGUGUAACGUGUGUUAGCGAAGCAUGCUUCUAAGUAGAAAGAUAGGACAACGCUAUAACAAUAAUUAUUAUAAUUAAAAUGAAUUAAGAAUAUAAGGCAUUUAAUAAGUGCAAAGUAUUUCUUAAUAAAAGUACUUCCAAAAAUGA